AAAGAUGAAAAGCCCAAAAGCAGCAGAAGAGGUUGAAGCAGCUUGACAAACUUUUAGAAACUCAGUUACAGCCUGAUCAGCUUUGAAGACAGCUUAAUUGCCACUUAAUUGCCUCCUUUAUUAACACUGAAAAUCCCUCUGACAUUACAUUGUUCAUGUCAGCUCUGAUUUCAGUGUUUUUGAUGUCUUUUUUCUGGUCCCCUCUGUCUCAUGUAACUCCCCCUUUGUUCGGUCGUUUCUGUAACGCCGACAGCUCCAGGCUAAAAGACAAAGACUCUUUCUCUGAAAUUUCUCCCCGCAGAGUUUUGUGCCAGCUUUGCAUAUAAAUUUGUUUGUGAGUAAAUCCUUCCCUCCAGGUUUUCUCUCUGAGUCCGACGCCUCGGCAGGAGACGUCAGGAAGCGAGAAACAGGAGAGGCUCCAGACUUAAGUUUGACAGAGCUCAGUAUUAAAAUCGAAAUCCAAUUUUGUCCCCCGAAAAACCCAAAAACCCUCUGUCUGUCUGAGAGAUUCGCCUGACAGCAAAGAUAUUAGGUAACAGAAAAGGCUUCGGGCUGGCGGAUAAAGGGACUCUCGUGUUAGAGGGGCCCACAAAGAUAAAACAACAAAUGGAUGAGUCUGUACAAAGGCGUGAAAAGGAUAAUAAAAAGUUGUUUUUCACAAACCUAAACAUAUAGCAGAUGAUAAAAACAAUCAUUUUACAAAACUUAAACAUUUGCCUGAAGAUAUUGCACCACAUCACAAGAGUUUUGUCUGUAUCUCAGGGAAAAAUAAUAAUAAUUGUACUCAAUUAAAGCCAAAUUGGCAUGGCAAGACUUAUUAGACUAUAAUUUAAAGAUUUAAUGAGCUGAAGUCAUGAUCAGAGUUUCGUCUUUGCUUUACAGAGUUGUAGAUUUGUUUUUAACCAAAACAAAUCAGUGUGAAAUAUUGUUAAUUUAGAGCUGCGGCAGUGCUCCAACUCUCCAGCAGAUGUCAGGCUUUCACAACUUUACUGACACACUCUGCUGAGGGGAGCUCACAGGAAACACUGACACAGAUUUUUAGUAAUAACAGCAUUUUUUUCUAAUUUCAGAUUAUUUAUUUUCUAUCAGGAGCAAAAGUUGAUCUCAGAAGUAAAAGUUGAUCGAAGAAAUUUACUUCUAAAUUUUACUUUUCUCUCUUAGAGCUCUCUGGGUCUGUAAAAUAAAUUUAAAAAACUCACUGGUUGAUGGCAGGGUCUGUUAUUACUGUAAUCAGACAGUCAGAUUAAAACAGCUUUAUAUCAGUGUUGCUGCUGAUAGUUUUUAAUCAUGCAGAUUUUUUUUCAUUAGGAACACAAAAAUACAGUUUUUUUAACACACUGUGCUCUAUAUUGACCAAAAAGUUAAAAACAUACUCUACGUGUUUCUAUCAGUGUAACAUCAACAGUUAAAAAAAUGCCUCAUUAAUGGGAGUUUUAAAGUGCUUCUCAAUUUGUUUUCUCUAAUCAGCUGUACUAAUUAAGUACCUAGGCCCUGAAGGUCAACUGCACAAACAUUUCAUCACCAAAAAGUAAACACAAUUGUUUGUGAAGCACAGAGACAUUUCAUAAAAUAAUCAACAAAAAGGACAUACACUGUGAUGUGUAAGAUGAGGGGGAAACGACCGUGUGCACCAUGAGAUGAAAUUAUUUUAGAGACCAUAUUAAAGUCAGUCUCUUGUGUUUGUCCUCCCCUCUGAGUCUCAGCAGGUUCAGGUAAAGAAGAUUCACCUCUUUCCCUUCCUGUUAAAGCCUCCAUGAAGCCUGAGCUCUGCUGCUUAUGCUGCUGAUGCUGAUAGACUCACAGUCUGCAGGUUUUCAGGUGAACGCUUCACUUCACAGAUCUGUCACUCAGUCUGAGUCAGCUGCAGCUUUAACCGAGUCACUGCAGGUGAGACGCUGUCAGAAUGACAACACCUGAACUCGGGCACAGGUGACUGGUGUGAAGAUCAGGACGACUAAACCAGUUACAUAGCUGAGGAGGACAGAUACCAAAGAUUCUUUUAAUAGCCUAAAUCACCACAGAAAACUAUAAAUAGGGAAGAGUGGGGUAAGAUGAGUUAUUUUUCGUAUUUCAGAUUACUUCAUCAAAGCAAUCAUAGUUUUGUCCCUAACUAGUGUACUAGUGGUUUUUGAAGGAAGUUUUGAGUUUGUGUAGCAUGGACUAACUGAGUUGGAAGUGUGUAAAAAAUACUAGACCCUAAAACACUAAAACACUGACAGAUUAAAUUCACUUUCAAGAGUGAAAAAUGUUAAUCUUUACAGACUCCAUGACUUGAUGCCCAUCUCCUAAAUAUUUGGUCACAAGAUCAAUUUCUUUUACCAUUUCCAAGCAACAGGGGUGGCUCAACUCACCCCGGUCUCCCCUACCUGUCUGAUAUUCUUUCUGGUUGUAAAGUGAACACCAGACGAUUAAGGGAAUUAAUAUAAAUGAUCAAAUUGUCUGCAACUUUCCCCUCUAAAAUAGGAUCAUAAAACUUUUAGAAUAAAAAUAAAAGUACAGUAUUUGCCUCAUAAUAGUUAAUGGUGUUAAUUCUGUUUACUCAGCUAGUAUGUCCGGAAAUGAGACAAUUACCAUUUUAGGCUUCCCGGGCUGAGUCUGAGCUGCGCAUGCGCUCCCUGCCGGCGGUUGUUUGAGGAAGUUUGGAUCAACUUUCUACCUGCAGAUGAAGUGGAUUCAUUAAUGUUAGCUUCAAUCUGCGCCGACAGGUGAGUGAUUCAGCGUUUACUAUCGAUUCAUAUCCUCUUUACGAACUUUUUGACUAUCAAUUUACAAGUCGAUGGUUAAAAAGAUGAUGUUUAACCGUGUAUUUCGCACUUGUGUGGUUGAAAAUCGUAGUUUUAAUGAGCCAGUGAAUCAGCUCAGGUGUUGAUCGGGUGCUAAAAAUAGUUAGCUUUUACCUUCUAGCUCACAUAGCCCUCUGGUACUGAACUCUACUGUAUGAAUUAGUCCUAAUUUGAAGCUUUUAGUCAUUAUGUGUCUAUGCUGCCGGUUAAUGAGUUAAUAAUUACCUUUAAAUGUCAUAAGCAGCUCUGGAGGAAGUAUUCAUAAUUACUGUAAUAACGUAGGAAGUGUAUGCUGAUCAUUAUGCCCUGCAAUGCAAUGACAUGCACCAACUAGUUUUAUCAUUACAGCUGUGAGCAAGAUAUCCAAAACAGGAUAAAAACUGAACAGGGCUGAGACAAAGUAAGGAAAAAAAUCGGAAUAAAUAAAGUAGGGAUGAGCCAAAAGGUAGAAAAGUGUAAUAACAGAAUCACUGAAUCUGUUCUUCUUGAUAACCAGCCUUGUGGUAGAUGCAGGUCUGUCCAGGCUAAUGAUGAACUCUGUUAGAUAUCUGUACCAGUAAUGGCCAGAAUGAGUCAGAAAUUUGGGGAAAUCAGAUUAAAGCAAAAAUCACAAUAUUGUGCAUCUGAAAUGUCCAGCACUGACUCACAAGAGACUGAAAAACAAGACGGGCGAAAUUGUAAUAAAAGACUGAGACAAAAAUAUCACAGUUAUGUGAAAAAAACAAUAUGACAAAUAUGAAAUCAGUCCUGCUGCAGAGUUGUAAAAACUUUAGUAUUAUCAGUUUAUGUAAGCGUGCAUUUGUGUAACUGUGACUGUCCGCUUUUAUAUGUAUUUUAGAUAUUAAGAUUUCUGCACAUUGAAUGUUCUUAUUAUACUUUUAUAUUAUCCAUACAAGUAGAAGAUGUUUUAUUCUUAGUAAAUGUUUGUCUUGUUUUCUCUGACUGCGACUUUAGCUGCUGUAAUGCUGCAAUUUUCCACGAGGGAUUGAUAAAGUCUGAACUUUUAUUCAUGUUUUUCUGUUUUUUUAUGUCUUCAAACAGACCGACAUCCUUCAACGAUGACCUCCACCUCUGAUCUAGAGCGUUUGGCAGAAAUAGGUGAGUUUAAAUGAUCCGUUUACUGUUUCAGAACUUGUUUUUUAAUCCAAAUGUAUUUAUUUACUUGUUUGCCUUUACUUUGCACAUGCAGAAAUGAUCUUACCGAGUUUAAUCUGCUGCAAAAAAAGCUUUUACAGCUUUCUCAUUUAUUUAUUUAUUCUUUUAAUUCUGUAAAUCUUUAAAUCCAGAAGCUUUCUACACUCAUCAUUAUUCAUAUUCUGGUGGUUAUUUUCACUGGAUUUUAUAGGAACCUUAAAACCUGAUGAUUGUUAGACUUAUUUUUUUCGACUCCUGAUGUAGAUUUUUAAUUGUCACCCCAAAGAAAAGCUUGUUUACACGUAUAUUUGAAUGAAAUUUCACGUUAAAUUUAAUUAGCAGAGAUUUAUUUGAGUCUCUCUCCUGUUUUGCGGUCACUCAGAUGGUUCCUCUGAACCAGACGGGGCGGUUUUUCAAGCCGCCCUGUGCAGAUCAUUUCCUCUCUGUUAUCAGACCCACUUUGUGUUUAUCACAAACUUCCCUCGGUGCAGCAGAAUAAACACCCAGAGCAGAAACCAGAGCAUGAAUCAGUUUCCACCCAGUCCUCUGGCUCUGCUCCAGGGUUUUCCUCUCUGAUGGGCUGUAUUUUUAGGAACACUGACACACAGCAGAUAAGGAAAUCGUGUUGAAAACGCUGGAUGGCUCAGAGCGGGAAUAAGUGACUGAGCUCACGUUUUUCUCUCAAUGUUUAUCUUUCCCUUACAAUAUUUGACUCACGGUGGAAACUCCCAAACAAAACCGUAUUCGUCAUUUUCACCGUAAUGUCAUUUUAAAGUUGUAUAUUUUUACUUUUUUUCAAUGUUAGAGCUGAAGAAAGAAGAAGAGGAGGAUAAGGAGGACCAGACAGACGCUCCUUCACUUCCUCCGAGGAGCACUAUCACUACUGACCCCGCUCACCCAUAUUAUGACGUGGCUCGACACGGCAUCAUCCAGGUCUGCGGUCAGUAAAAGUCCCUCAUUUGUGCAUUUUUAGAGUUUGCAGACUGUCUGACUGAUUCAGUCUUAGAUAAUGUUUGUAUAUAAAGGUUUAUGGCAUUUUGUGGCAGAAGAAGCAGAAAAGUUCAAGAUGAAUCUAAAACUGGUCUGUUUCCUCUCUAGGUGACGAUAACUACGGCAGAAAAUUGAUCGUCUUCAGCAGCUGCUGUUUGCCUCCAUCUCACCAGCUGAACCACCGGCGCCUGCUGGAGUACGUCACCAGAUUAUCCUUUAAUAUGAAGCCAAAAGUUGAGACGGUUUUAUUUGAAAAGUGCUGAAAUACAGAAGCUGAAAUCGUUUCUUUCAGGAUAGAAAAUGAUAUUUUAGGGCUCUUACUGCCUUCAUGUUGAUUGUCAGUCUACUGUACCUACAUUUCUGCAAAGCUGCAACAUGAUAGGUCAAAUUACCGUAAGUGUUUGAGAAGUUGCAUAAGUGUGAUAAAUGUUGGUAAAAAAUAACUUCAAAACCAAUCUUAAAAGAGUAAAUGUCUAUAUUUUCAAUCUGCAGGUAUCUGAAGUUCACGCUGGACCAGUAUGUGGAGAUGGACUACAUCCUGGUUUAUUUCCAUUACGGUCUGAGGAGCAGCAACAAACCGUCUCUGAAGUGGUUACGAGAAGCUUAUAACGAGUUCGACAGAAAGUACGCUAACUCCGCAUCAUUAUGUUUUUUACUGAGCUAACAUUUCUGCUUUCUUUUCAGAAACUAGUUAAAAUCUAGUUUAAUUUGUUUUAGUUUCUUAGUUUAUUUGAAAAAGGCUGUGCACGACAUAACUCCUGAGCCCGAGUUAGCUACAUUUUCAUGUCAUCUCAGGUCAUGAUGGUCCAAGGAUGUAGAAAACAAACAAAUAAAAACAACAGCACUGAGACAAACGUAAAGAAAACAAAGUACAAUAUAAUGCAAAAGUAAGUCAAGCAUUUAAAAGAUUAUAAAUGGAUCCAAAAACUGCCAACAACUGUAGAGUUUUCAAAAAUUCUCCCAUUCUUUUGAUUUUAUCCUCUACAGAAGCAUCAAAAUUCAUUUCAACCACCUAUAAAAAGACAUCCAGAUGGCGCUUCAUUUACAUUUUAUCCACUGAAACGGCAUCAAUGAGGCACUUUUCUGUAUUUCAUUCACUGAAAGGCCGUCCAGAAAGCAUUGUAAUAGAUUUCAUCCGAUGAAAGGGCAUCUAGGUGGCAUUUCUUUACAUAUAAUCUACUGAAAUGGCAUCUAAACGGAACUUAAUUUACAUUUGAUUGACUGAAAAUUCAGCAAGACUGCUCUUAAUUUACAAUUCAUCCACUGAAAUGGGAAAUGCUCUUUUUACAUUUUAGUUGUUGAUAUGGCAUCAAGAGGACACUUCAUUUACAUUUAUCCCCUGAAAAGAUAUUCUGAGGACACUCGAUUUACAUUUGAUCCUCUAGAAUUGCAUCCAAAGGGCACUGAAUUGACAUUUUAAACACAGAAAGAGCAUCUAGAGGCCACUUGUUUACAUUUUCUUUACAAUCAGGGCAUCUAGAGAGUACUUACUACACCUUUAAUCCACUAAAAGGGCCACAGAGAGGGCACUGUGUAAUGGUGUAUUCACUUUAAAAGGGCAUCCAGUGGGAGGGAAUCGGGGUGAUUACGCUGCCUUCCUCUGAGUGCGUCUUAUUAUGUGUGUUUUUCUUACAGAUACAAGAAGAAUCUAAAGACUUUGUACGUCGUCCAUCCCACAAACUUCAUCAGAAUCGUCUGGAACAUUUUCAAACCUCUGAUAAGGUGAGAACUGGUUUUACCUGUUUGAGCUCACUCUGUCUCCUCCCUCACUGAACUUUCUCUCUCUCUCCUGUUUUCCUUUAGUCACAAGUUUGGGAAGAAGCUGUCGUACGUGAACUACCUGGCUGAGCUGAGGGAACACCUGAACUUCGAGCAGCUCAUCAUCCCGUCCGAUGUCGUCAGGUUCAUAUCUGACCCCAAAGCCGAUAAUCAAGAUUAAAAUGAUCAGUUGUAUUCCUCAUUUCUGUGCUUUUAUGUCCCUCCUCGUUCAGACACGAUGAAAAGCUUCGAGCUGCUCAGAAAGGCGGACCCCCUCCUUCAGUAAAGACCCCCCCACCUCGACCCCCCCUCCCAACACAGCAGUUUGGUGUCAGCCUGCAGUAGUGAGUUAUUGAUCUGUUUACUGCUGAUCAAAGACCUGCAACAAAUCCACCUUGUUUUCAGGAUUAGCCGGCUCCUGAUUGGUCGAUAAAUCAAGUUUGUUUCUCCGCAGCAUCAGAGAGAAGAACAGAGACGCUGUGAUCCCCCCUGUCGUCUCUCAGACGGUCUCCUACCUGAAGGAGAAAGGUGAGUGUGCUCCCAGAAUUUAACCAAACUGACCUCAAACUGAAGUGACAGAUAUCGAUCCUGUCUUAGCGACUCUGUGGCUGGUCUAAAUGGGUUAAAGACAGAGGAUAGAAACAAAGUCAAACUCUGGGAAUAUAUAAAUAUCUGAUGAUAUUUGGACGAGAAUAAGUGUAGUGACUUAAUUUUGCCUGCCAAAAUUAUCCCAAGAGCCACUAAGGUGUACAAUAGCCAGGUAUACAGUUAACGCUUGUCUCCCACGUGUAAAUGAAACAGUUUGUCCAAGUCACAUUUUCCUUGUUUAUUCUUCUCUUGCUAAAGAAACCAAAUGCAAAAUAAAAGACAAAAACAAAUUCCAACAAAUCCCAAGGGUGAACAUCAGGGUUAACAUCAUCAACCACAUCAUCACUGUUUGUUAACCAACUUUCAACCUCAGAAAUGAAUCCCUUUUCUACAAGCAUUUAUGCAGCAAACUGUCUUUCUUGUUUAUCCCUAUUGUAUCCCUAGUAUAUCAUGCACAUUUUUUGCUUCUUCACACAAAACAACCAUUUUUCACAUUCAGGUUGCACUUUAUUCAGACUAUUGCUCUGCACAAACUCUUGGCAGCUCACUUCCGUUGUGGCUUUUUUAUUUGCAUCCUUUUAUUUUCGCAGCUUAACUUUUUUUUUUUUUUUUUGCAUCAUUAACCUCCGCUGUGGCUUUUUUUUUUAAUCUACACCAUCUCUUUUUUUAUUUGCAGCAUGCUUCAGGUUUUUUUUUUUUUUUGUAUUUGCUUCAAUGGCGGUUUUCAGCCACCGUACAUUUUCAUUAAGCACACCUUGGGCCGCCGUAAAUGCAACAGGCUCCGCAUUAUCAUCGUCCAUUAAGUUCUUGUUUAGUUCAUUAUGUUCCAUAACGCUUGUCCAAAAUAAACGCCACAGUUUAUCACAAAGUUCAGUUUAUUUUCGUGCCGAUAACGUUUAUUUUUUAGCGAUAAAUGCAUUGGGAUUACAAUCGCAAAGUUAUGUGCACACAUUCAAACAUGGCCAUAAAGUUGGUAGCGCUUCACGUACCUCAUCGAAGCCUUGAAUUUGAACCGGUUGUCGCUUUAUUUCGUCGGAUCAAUCACCUGACGAUCCCGUCCUCGGAAACCACCUCUGAAGCCGGCGAAAUCCCACGUUGCUUCUUCGUCCAAAGAACAAUUGCGUCCAUUAACAUCCCAGUGUCCCACUUGAAGCGAAGUUUUUGACUUAAUGUAGUUACUCAGUUUCACCUGCCGAAAUUAUCCCAAAAGCCACUGAGGUGUACGAUAGCCAGGUAUACAGUUGACGCAUCAUCCAUGCCUACUUGUUCCCCACAUGAUAAAUGAAACAGUUAGUCCAAGUCAUAUUUUCCUUAUUUAUUCUUCUCUUGUUAAAGAAACCAAAUGCAAAAUAAAGACAAAGAAAAAUUCCAACAAAUGGCGACGACGGGAUGGUAAUGAUGUAGAUGUAGAUGGUCAAAAACACAUUUGCUCCUCCAGCUACCAACACACCUGCCACUAAUUGCUUCUUCUUCUGUUUAUAGCAAACCAAACUCAGGACUUCACGCCACCUAGUGUGGCACCAGGACAAUUACAACUGAAAUAGGUCACAAAACGCACAAACCCAGAGGAAACUACAACAAAUGGCUCCAACACACCGGCCCCUAACUGUUCAUGGCGGCUGACAUAACAAUUAACGUAAAAUGUUACCGUACAAUACUGUACCAAACUCAACAUUUGAACACACCUUUGUUUCAAACCCAAGAAUUAUGAACAUAAUAUGUCUCCAGGAGGUAGAUUUCUUCUCCUCUGAGUCCAUUUUUGCUGCUCUUGAAGUAGAGGAAGGUACUCCUGAACCCAUCGUUCCCAGUAAAGAUCUUAUAUGUACUGGACUUGCUUCCAUCUCCUCUCCAAACCCCAAAGAAAAUACAACAAAUGGCUCUAAAAAUAGAAAAAAUAAAGGUUUGCAUUCAUUUGACCUUCUUCUUUCUUCUGCAAACUGACUGUUAGUGUGUCUCUGUGUGUUACUUUGUGUGUGCGCGUUUCAGGUCUGAGGACUGAGGGAAUCUUCAGACGCUCGGCUCGCGUUCAGAUCAUCAAGGACGUUCAGAAACUCUAUAACCUGGGUGAGUGGGGUCUCCUUAUCUCAGUGGCAGGGGCUUUUUUUAUCUCUCAGUGCAGGAAGAGGAGAUUGGAGUGUGUGUGAUGGUAUCUGAGCGUGCAGAACAAAAAUCACACUCAGAAACACACACACACAUACGAACAGCAGAUCUAGUGUGCUUCAGUUGACUUCAUUUAACCCGAAUCUCACAAAUUUAUACAAAUUUAAUAAGAUCUGUCGUAAUAUCUUUGUUGGUUUGUAAAUAAAGUUUAUUUUUUAUUUGAACGUCUUCAGGGAAACCCGUGAACUUCGAUCAGUUCUCAGAUGUCCAUGUUCCUGCUGUGAUCCUGAAAACGUUCCUCAGAGAACUUCCAGAACCGCUGCUCACCUACAGGGUCUACAACCAGGUCCAGGAGCUCCUCAGUGAGUACAGAGGAAGUGGACAACGAGGAGAGGAGGAGGAGGAGGAUAGGACAGAAGGAAAUGGGGAGGGUAGUAAGGCAGAGGGAAUAAGGAGGUAGGAGAUAAGAGAGAUGAGAGGUUCUUGGAAGAUGAGGUCUAUAAUUAGGUUGAGAGGGACAAGAAGAGGGCACUUAAUUUACAUUUUAUCAAAUGAAAGGGCAGCUAGAGGGCGCUAUUUACAACUUAUCCAUUCAUGGGUUAUUGAGAUGGCACUUUAUUUACAUUCAGACCAGUCAAAGGAGAUCCAAAAAGGACUUGGCUUUCAUUUUGUUUAAUUUUGUGAACGGCAAUCCAGAGGAGAAUUUAUUUACAUUUCACCCAAUUAAGGGAACUUAAUUUACACAUGAAUGUCUUUGUAUCUAUUGAGAGGAUGUUCAGAGGGAACCGUGUUUACAUCCUUUCAACUGAAAGCAAAUACGUGAUCCACUCGAGAAGCAUCCAGAGGCCUCUUUAUUUUCUAUUUAUCCACUGAUACAACAUUCAUAGGUCACUUAAUUUACAUUUGACUUUCUCAAAGGGCAACUAGAAGUUACUUAAUUUACAUUAUGUGUAUUAAAUGACUUCCUAAAGGCAGUUUAUAUCAUUUUUUUUUACUGCAAGGGCAUUUUAUUCACUAAAAUGGUGAUUAGGAGGCACUCAAUUUACAUUUUAGAAGUAAGAAGAAAAUCAGCAGAAGAGACAAAAGUGAGGUAAGAAGAAGUAAUAUGAGGAUUAUUAAAGAGGGAGAUGGAGGUCAGAGGAGAAAGAGAGGAAGGAACGAGCACAGCAGAGAGAGAAUCGACUCAAAGUUUAUUUUGUUCCUUCAGAAACUAAACAUACUUUUAUUUUGACAGGAGACCAGCCUCACCUCAAACCUGAAGUCUUAUUGUUUAUCUGUUUUUGUAGGAAAAUGAACAAACAAGAGUGUUGUGUCUUUGUGUUUCAGCUGUGGAGAGCAGUCUGAGGGUCAGCAGGUGUAAACAGAUCGUUGAAAGUCUUCCUGAGCAGAAUUUCAUUUUGACAAAGUACCUGCUCUGUUUCCUCCACAUGGUACGUCUGUUUUUUUACAUUUUCAUGUGAAUUCAUCUCAGAAAUACUCACUGAUUCCUGAAGUCAAAGUAACUCAUUUACAAAUACAUUUGUGUCUCAUGUUUUUUUUCCGUUCAGGUGUCUCAGGAGAGCAUCGUGAACAAGAUGAGUCCGUCUAACCUUGCCUGUGUGUUCGGAGUGAACCUGGUCUGGCCUCGUCACGGCUCCAUCUCUCUGACCGCUCUGACCCCCAUCAACAUCUUCACUGAGAUCCUCAUCGAACAUUUCCACACCGUGUUCGGCUCCCGCUGUCCCCCUGCACAGGUACUACCCUGAACCACUGAUCCUGCCAACACUCUGAAUCUGCACAAUUAUGGACCCAAGACUUACACGGGUGAUACCCUUAACCUGCAAAUCAACAUAUCACCUAAUGGGCUCUCCUUUUUGGAUUUUCUUCUCACUUUAAAACACUUUUGGUAACUAUGUCUGUUUUUCUGGGACUUUGUAUCACCGAGUUAAAAUAUUUGCACACCUACAGACAGGACUGUUCUGAAUUUUUGUCUCAAUCGUGGACAUCUAGGUCUCUGCACACUAAAUAUCGAAAUCUAAAAGGUGGAUUAACAUGAAACCAACAAAACUGGUUCAGAAAUGAUCACCCAUAGAUGUCACACUUUAAGGCUAACAGACUUUGCUACAUUUUGUGUUGUUUAUAAUGUAUUAGACAUUUUAUUACUUUUAAAAAAGUUAAUCUGCGGUGCUAAAACCACACGCUGUUUAUACUUUUUGUAAGAUUUGAGGUCAGUUGUGUUUCUGUGAUUUUUAUAUCUCUGAUGCCGCAGAGGAAACGAUCUCAUACACUUACUUAAAUCAGUGUUGAUGUAAAAUUGUGAAUGUAUAAAAAGAUUUAACAAAAACACAAAUGUCUUUUAGUUUAAGAGAUAUUAAAUUAAAAUUUGCUUAAAGCUGAAACUGUGCCUGAAACUGAGUUUUCUGUACGUGUUCAAACAGGUUUGAAUCAGCUGAACCGAGUAGAAAAAGAGACCGACUUCUUGUUGUUGAAUUUUGUUUAUUAAUGAUUCCAUUUUUCGUAAGAACUUGGUACAAAAAAGUGAGACUACUCUUGAAUCAUUUACCAACUUCCAUCGAUCCACUUUUUAAUGCAUCAUAAAGAAGAAAAAAACUACAUUGGCAUAUUUAAGACAAACACUUUCCUAUACACACUAUCCACUGGACAGUCCCCUUAUUUAUGACAAAAAAAACUUCUACUUCAACAGCCCACAGACAUUUUAUCCCCAUCUAAACGUCUCCUCAGUGUCGCCCCCUCAUGGCAAAAAUAACACAUCGUACGUUGCAAGCUAGAAGUCAGUAUGCAGAAGUGGCAAACGAUAAAAAACCCCAAUGUUCUGUUUCCUUUUUUUGCUCCUUGAUAAAAGAAUAUAAAAAUGUUCUAACUUUUUUCUUUUUUGUUCAAAUGUUGUGUCGUGUAUUAAAAUAGAUCUGUUUAAGCACUGCACAGUUUCUCCCGGAGAAGAUUUCUAGAAACAGAUGAGGAGGUUUGGGUGGAGGGCACAAGUGGAGGGUUGUUUUUUUUUUUUUUCUUCAUUUAGGAAUAAGGUGGAGGUUUGAAAGGUGGACUUUGAACGCAGCACGGAGCGCUGAUAUGGUUUCUGUCUCGGCCUUUCUCAGGUGAGAAGUGGAUAUGCAUCACAUGUUACAUUCUGCAGACACUGAUCGUGAUUUUACUCUUUAGAAAGGCAAGUUAGGUUCAAAGUUUCUGCAUAUCUGAUGGUUUUAUCUGCAGAAACAGAGCCUGGAAGGAGUCAGCUGAGGAGGUCCUCUGUUUACACACCGUCACUGAUGUCAAAUAGAUUAUUUUAAUGUUGAAACUUUAAAUCCUUUCACAUUUAAAAACUGUCAUGCUGCUUUUAAUGAACUAGAUGAAAUAACAAACCACCAAAAAGUCCAAAAGUCUUUAAAAACUUUGGAAGCAUGAAAUUCAGAAUUUAAUGAAUUCAUAAUCUAUUUGGUGACUGCAGUUUUAAAUACAAAUCCUGCAGAGUGAUCCUGAUAUGAGGGGUAUAAUACAGGAGAAAAUAGGGACUCGAAAAAAAAAAAAUUGAAAUGUUUUUUUUAAUUUUUAUUUCAGAGUCCUGAUAAUUUUCAUGUCAUUCUAAGAUUACGUUGGAAUUCUGAGAUCAAAGACAGAACUUUUUUUGGGGGGAAUUCUUGGAUCAAAGCCAGAAUCCUGAAAUUUCUUGAAGUUCCAAAAUCAAACUCUAAGUUCUGACUUUGUUUUGGAAUUCUGAGAUCAAAGACAGAACUUGAUAAAUUUUUUUGGAAUUCUUAGAUCAAGGUCAGAAUUCUGAAAUUUUCUCGACAUUCCGGAAUCAAACUCUGAAUUCUGACUUUGUUGUGGAAUUCUGUGAUCAUAAAUAUAAUUUUGACAUUUUUCUUGGAAUCCUGAUUUAUAGUCCCAAAUAUUUGAUCAGUCUCAGAAUACUGGCUUCAAUCUUUGAGUUCUUACUUUAGAAAAAUAUCAGAAUUCAACAUUUAUCUAAAUUCAAUUCUGACUUAAAUGUUACAAAUCUGAGGGGAAAAAAAUUUUUUUUUCAGUGGCCCUUACCCUCUUCUGUAGUUCCAGGAUUAAAUCUUGAUCAUUUUUAUGUCAAAUGCAUUUUCUCUAAAUUUCUGGGGUGCAUAGAAAAUCUUUAGUCUACUAACUUAAGGGAAACAAAAUAAGUUUUUCGUUAUAUAAAUGUGAUCAUUUAAAGGAGUAGCUUCCCUGAUUAGACACCUUCCAGACUCUGUGUUCUGAUAAAUUUUAUUUUCUGUUUAUUUUAAGCAUUACGGGUGAAUUUGGCUCAGAGUUUGGAGUUCGAGUUGGGGAAAAAAACUCUUCUCAUACAGCGAGCAAACUAAAGCUUCUAUCAGAUUCUGAUAUGAAACAAAUUCAGCUUUCAAUCCAACAAAAACACCUGUGGUGAUUAACGUUUUCAGCUCACUGUGGGAAAACUCUGAACUGAUCAGAUUUGUCCUCUGAACCGUUUACAGAGUAAGUAUUAUAGAUCAGCGUACUUCAUCUGAAACACACUGAGGCCUUUCUCAGUAACAUUUAGUCGUACAGGCCGAUCAAUAUGCAAUAUUGCUCAUCUUUUACCUCCUUUUGUUCCUAUCUCUCCUUUGUUCGAUGCCACUGGAUCCACGUCUGCACUGAUAUAUUUGGAUCAUUUUGUGCCGUACAGAUGAUGCAAAGAUCUCGUCGGUAUCUUUGAUACUUCAGAGAGCAAACGCAGGUGAUUUGAUAUGGUUCAAACGAAAUAAAUCCACCUCUUUCUCCUCGAUCUUCAAAAAUUCCCUCUCUUCUUUUUGUAAAGGCAUUUCUCUCUGAAUUCUUUAAACCAUUUGUUCAUGUUUGUGCAUUAACAGGACGCAGAGAGCUGCACCUCGACUGUGUGGUGAGUACAGUUUGAUAAAUAAAUAGAUAAAUAAAUAAAAAAAGGACUAAAUCUAAGUUUGAACACUUGAACUGAACCUUUCUGGACCAGCAGGAAGACUAGCGAGACGAGUGGAGCCAGCAGGACAAGACGGCAGCAUCCUGCUUCUUUUUCUUUUUUAACUUCAUGGGGGUUUAAUAAAAGCAGAAAGGUGCCGUUUUUCCCCUCUGGCUCCACCUACAGUCAAAAAGUGUUGUUGCAGUUUGACACAUUUGUCCCACUUCUGAUUGACUGGUGUUUAAAAAAAUGACGCAACAAAGACGAAAAAACCCUGGAUUUCAAAAACGAUUUGUACUUGAGGCAGUGUUCAUCUGUCAGAUUAACAGGCUUGUCACUGUUAAAACGUUCAUAAAACACCGAGAGUAAAAAAAGCUCCAAAGCCAAAAAUAUAAAAGAGGCAGGGAGGAAAAAAAAGCACUAUAGACAUUAUUGAGAAAUGAGCGAUCCAGUACAAAAACAAAGAAACAAGUUUUUGGCAUAUUUUCUAUACUGGUUUAAAGGGGAGGAGGGAACGAAUGGAUGCAUCGCACGUCCACUGAACUCCUCCACGUGUUCGUGUUUGAGUGCAGCGGUGAACUAAACACUUUGGUCCCUGUUCCUGUUUGACUCUUUGUUUUCUGUCUGAAGGAAAAAGAAGCAACACAAACGAAGUAAUAGAGACUUUUCAGGUUUUUCUUUAAAGAUACAGAAACAAAAAUAUUCAAAAAUUUGUCAAUCUGAGGUCCAAAAAUAUGACUUUCGGAUGUUUCACACUGAGUUUAGAUUUUGUUACUACUUUAGAGUUAGGUUUACUUUAUGAAAAAGUUACUUGUGAUGCUUUCACAUCCAAGUCACUUCUUACUGUUAAAAACCAGUUUUAUGUAGUUAAAAAAUAGCAAAACUAACUUGUACUUGACUGUGGAAUUAGAGGUGAAUAAAAUGGAUUGAAUUAGGAUAGGAGUAAAAAAUAAAGAUGGAUGUAUCAGGAGAUAUGAGUUGGAAUUCUGCCAUUUUUUGUAAAAUUCCAAAUUAAAUUCACAACUCAGACAUGUUUCCAGAACUUUGACGGAAUUCAACAUCGAAUUCUGGGAGUAAAAGUUGGAAUUCUGCGAUAGUUAUUCUGAUGUGAUUUGUGUGUCUUUCUUUUAAUUCUGAAAUCAGAUCCAGAAUUAUGAUAUUUUUGUUGGAAUUCUAUAAUUACGACUAUUGUUCUGACAUUUUCUUGGAUUUCGGAGAUGAAAGUUGGAAUUCUGAAAACUUUCUUGGAAUUCAAAGAUUUCAGAUUGACUCAUAGAGACGUGAGAAAUGAGACAACAGACAACUGAAUUUCCCUUUGGGGAUCAAUAAGUUCUUAUUCUUAUAAAAUUGGAAUUUGGACUUUUUUUUUUUUUUUUUUUAAAUUCUGAUAUUUAACAUUGUGUUUAAUUACCUCCGCCAAAGAGGUUAUGUUUUCGGUAGCGUUGGUUUGUUUGUUUGUUUGUCUCUUAGCAACUUUACGGAGAAAGUUACAGACGGAUUGACCUGAAAUUUUCACCAGAGGUGCGUCUCAGCCCCAGGAGGAUCCCAUUAUAUUUUGGUGAUCCGGACAAAAUUCUGGAUACUGUGAUCCAAAACACACAAUAAGGGUGUCGUUGGAAUUUUCAAUGCUGAAAGAUAACUAAUGGGCAGCACAGUGGUGUAGUGGUUAGCACUGUUGCCUCACAACCAGAAGGUCCUGGGUUUGAAUCCCGGUCAGGGUGUUUCUUGUUUAAGGGGGGAUAUGAGCUGCUUGGCGGAGGUCUGCGCUUUUCUAGUUUUAAUUUUGAUGCAUGUGUCACAAGAUUUUCAGCUUUAAUUUUUCAGUAUUUCGGCUUUAAAUAUUUUUGUUUCUGCAUUUUCAUAAAAACAAAAAAUUAUUUUGUUGUUGUGUUGCUGUCAGACAGAAAACAAACAUGUAAACGUUCAGGGACUCACCAGAAAAAACCUGCGAUAAUGUCGAUGAUGAUGACGAUGAUGAUAAUAAUAAUACAACAUAUGUACAGUGAUCCCCUUGAAUACUCCAAACUUACAUUUAUCAACAGGCAUCAGCAUGAAAAUACUAAAAUCUCCACUAGAAAUGCUAAUUUCUGUAGUUUAAUCUUAAAUACUUUUUUCUUUGACUUUAACUCUAUUAAUACUGAAAAAAAGUUAUUCUCUGUGUUUGUUUGAAGGCUCGUAUGCGUUUACAUACACGAUGAAACAUUUUCCUGAAUUCUUAUGGCAAAAACAUUGUUCAUAGGAGAAUGAGAACAAACAUCUACUCAGAUAUAUCAAUGUACAGUCCUUUCACUUCCCACAAUGCUUUGUUUUCUUCAACUACGACUAACUCUACUGUUCUCUCUCACUAUAUGCAGAACAAUUAUUAGACCUGUGUUUUAAAAAAGGGACGUAUCUUUUGGACCGCGCUCAGAAACUCCCCUCGUGUUCCUGCGGCGGCGCUGUCGUCUAACUUUUUGUAAUAAAUACAUUAAGGCCAAGAACGUUAAUAAAUAGAAAAUAACUUAAAAAAAGAAAUCUCGUAAGCACUGUAGGUGUUGGGUUUUAAAAAAUACUUGAAUCGUGGAGGAUAGAGGCUCUUCUUUCUCAGUUUUUGUCGCUUUUUUCAGCUUCUCAGAGAAAAAGAUGGUCGGAUAUUAUUCGGAUAAAAACGAAAUCAUCACAGCCAGGGGGCGGGGCUAGUUGUUGGCAUCAUCCUGGCUGUGGGCGUGGCUCGUCUGCAGGGGUGUGGUCGAGGGCCCCGGGGUGGCGGCGGUGGCGUUAAUGCUGGUGGGUUGUUUGAUCCAGGACUGGGAGAGCAGGGAGGCGGCGAUGGUGGCGGUGGUCGUCAUGGUGACCUGGAUGAGCUGGUCGCGUUGGAUCAGGCGGAUCAGAGCUUUGAGGCGUUCGAGCGACGCCUGAGUGUCUCUCUGCUGCCCCAACAAACGCUCCCUCAGGUCCAUGCAGUGCUACACAAACACAAAACAGGAAGACGAUGAAAUAUUAUUUCUUUACAAUAUUGAAAUUUAAACCUCUGUCCCUGCGAUUAAAGAGUGCGUUCCUACUUUGAGCGUGUUGUUAAGAUUCUUGUCCUGCUCCUCCAGAUGAGCGUGCUCGUUCUUCAGCUCGUUGUUUCGUCUCAGCAGCCGUCGCUUCUCCUCCUGCCUCACUGCUCACACACACAUGAACACACACUUUUAGCGCUUAAAUACAAAAACAGAAACUCACUUGUAUCAGAGAGUCGGCUGGCUCUUACCCGUCUUGUGUGUGACGUAGGACUGAACGAAGUUCUGUGGCCACGACAUGUUCUCUUUGUUCAGCACCUGAGGACCAAACACGGCAGGUUUCAAUUCAGCUGCUCCAAACAGUGAAAUAUGUUUCUGACGAAUGUUUAAAAUCAUUUCAUGAGGAGGUCGAGGCUCAGAGGGACAACAGUUCUCCAGGUGUUAGCUUUAGGGGUGUCCCGAUACAACUUUUUUACUUCAGAUACAAUACUGAUAUUGUAGCUUUGAGGAUUAGCCGAUACUGAUAUUGAUCCGGUAUUGGCACAGACUUGUGCAUGACAACUUUUGCACUCAGUCGCAACGUCUUUUUCAGACUUUAACGAAAAAUACUGCCACACAGCCGACAUUACUCCUACUCCUUGCUACUUUGUUCCUACUUUAGUACACACUGUUGUUGUGAUCACAUGGGCUCUGCAUGCUGGAUCUGGGCGCUACUACAAAGAGGUGCUGGAGUGGAGUCUGGAAUGGACUGUUUGUAUCGGAGUGCUGAUAUUGGAGAUUUUAGAUGCAGGCUGAUAUAAUCCGAUAUUUGUUUUUUUGCUGAUAUCGAACAGAUAUCCGAUAUCAAUAUCACAUUGGGACACCCCCAGUUAGCUUCGAACUUUGGACUGUGCCAAGCGUACUGAAACCUCAUGAAUUUGAAAGCCUUCGUUAACAAACCACCUUUCAAUUUCACAUCUGUUACGUGGAUUUAGGACUCAAAACGGACUCCAGUCUUGUUUUUGCGUAGAAAUAUCAAGCUACGCGCAGGUUAGGAACAUAGGAAAACCGCUAACUUUUCUCUGUCACCAAAGUUACUAAUCCAGGCCUGUAACACCCAGAAUUGACUUUUCUAAACUUCAGUUUUCAAAGGUUUUUUUAAAGUUACUUCAGAGUCUCUGGUAGGUAGAUUCUGAGGGCGUUGACUAACUGUUUGGAUGUUAAACCGAUGAGGCCCGAGGAUGAAGCCUUGGGGAACUCCAUAUGUAGUUUUCUGUCUGCGUAGAUAUAAGGUUUUAUUUUGACAUUUUUCGCGUCCGAACUAUUUGAACAGGACACGGGGUUGCGACAGUACCUUCUUCUGGCACUUGGGGCAGUACCAGGGUCCUCUAGGCGGAGUUUUAAGCGGCGGAUGGAGGCAGUUUGGGUGGAAGGCUCUGGGGCAGUUGUGGCAGGGCUGCAGCUCUCCGUCCUCCUUACAGACCGAACAGUGAUCGUCAUGCUCCAAGUCCUCCUGAUGUGCAAAAACAAAACACAAACUUUUCAGAUGAUCCAACAAUCACCAAAUCAAAUAUUUAUUAUUAUUUUCUUUUACAAUAAAACCAGAAUACAUCCUUUUAGCACCUCACUAACACUAAAGACUUGAGUUUAGGACAAAUGUUAGAUGGCCUGCAGUGAUGAACAGCAUCUCAGUUACACUCUUUUCUAUCAAAGAUGUUUUCUUUUUACACUUUUUACACUUUAAAUAAUUAUUUUCCUCCUUGAAUCUGUGAACUCAAGAGUUUCAGACCCCAGAGCCAACAAUGAUAUCAUUAGUCAUGUGACCUACCUUCCAGCAGAAAUCCUCAGAGUCUAAGCAUGUGAAUGAGGCAGAGCAGAGGUUAGUGGCAGCAAGCACACACACAGGUAAACACACACAUUAAUACACACACUUUAACACACAGUGGUGAGAGGCGAUUAUGCGCAGGCACAAAUUCACAAUGUUAGAUUCUUUAAAGGAAUAGUUCAACAUUUUAGGAUUUUCACCAAUACGACAGAGAGCAGGGGCCACCCAACAAAAAAAAGUAAGAAUGUGAUAUAAAAGUUUUUAAAAAAUACAGGGAAAAAAAUGUCAUUUAUGAUUAAGUUUUAUAUUUACCAGAAUAAAUUUUAAAAUUUGAGGGAAAGAGUUUCUAGCUUACAGAAAAAAGGUCACUUAUUACCAAAUAAUUUUGUAAGUUUUUGAGAUGAAAAUUGUGAAUUUAUAAAACUAAAAGAACGUCGCUAAUUUACGGUGAAGAACAUUUAAACUCACAGAAAUUAAGUUGCAAAUUUUAAAAAUGGUAAAAGUUGUAGAAAACUUAAGUAAUACAUCAUUUAAAAAAAAAACUUUGUUUAAAAAAAAUUCUCUAAAAAAACAGAAUUUUUCAGUUUACUCACAUAAAUAAACAUGAAUACACUUUUACAUUCAGUUAAGUGUUUUUUUUUUUGUCUUAUGUUCUUAAAUUUACAGCUUUUAUCUAAAAAAAUCGUCUCUUUUUCUCCCCUCAUACUGUGAUGUAUUUUACUUGUUGGUUUAAAUAAUUUCCACCUUUUUGAACUAUACCUUUAAAGGUUUCAUCAGGUUAAAUCUGAUGAACAGAUAAUUUUACGUCAGCGCACACAGAGCAGAGAGUUAAACUCAGCAUGUUUGCUUAAACACUUACAUGGCUUAAACACAGACAUAAAUGUGUUUUCAGUAACAGUGAAUGUUUUGUUUGUUAUUUGGUGAUAAGAUUUUAAUUUUUUUACCUCGUGCUGACAGGAAGAGCGAGCUGUUCAGGUAAUGUGACGCCAGACGUUUACGCUGCAAAGACACAAGAAAUAUCGUGAUAAGAAAAAAUGUAUCUGGACUGAAUGUUCAAAAAUCCUACAUGAAGAGUAAGAUUUUCAAGAGUUUCAGAAACAAGAGUAGAUUCAUCUCUUUAAGAUGGACUCAUGUUUGUUUUCUGACCUCUGGUUCGAACAGGCCGCUGUAGGCUGGGUUUGCUGUGCUUCGUCUCUUCCUCUCCUGUCGCUUCGUCUGGAUUUCUGAUCAGAGACAAACAAAAACACUUUCUUUAAAACGAGUUCGCAGCGACAGACGACAGUGACGACUGUGAAAAAGGGUGGAAUGGUCCUUUAAAGGGUUCCAAGAUGUCAUAUUCAAGUUGGAUCAAACAGAGUACUUUUGAGAUCCUGUUGACUCACCUUCCAGGUGCUCUGUGGUGACGAGGCCGAGGGCGACCAUGAAGGCGAUUUUCUGAGGGAGAAGGACGAAGACGUUAGUGAUGAAGAGGAGGAGGUGAGGAGUUUGAGACCCUCAGCGUCUGAUUCAAGAGCCUCUCAGUGAGGAGAGAAAAUCUUAACCAGUCUUUUUAAACACUCUUCAAAGGUUUGACAUCAAAUUAAAAUUCAAGAGGCUGCUGCUGUCCUCCACGUCUGUUUUUUCUUCUUCUUCUCUGCUUUUAAAAACUGCAGGAAACGCCGACUGAUGUCAGAACUGUUGUGUGUUUGAACCAAUCAGAGCGGAGCCUUCAUGUUUAAAACUCAGUCAAGAAAAGAGGACGGGACAAUCAUUUAUUAAUUCAUUUAUCUCUCACCUCGGGGUCCUCGUCUUUUUUCGGGGACGGGGAUUUUGGAGUGGGCGGAGCUUCUUGUGAUGGGAGGUCAGCCUGAGUCCCCGGAGAGCCCUCAGUGCUGCUGGGGGCCUGUGGCUGGAUUAUUAUCACCUGAGAGAAAGAGAGAUAAUGUUACAACACUGAGGAUAAAUAAUCCAGAUUAUUUUAUGAAAUUUUUAUGUGCAGAUCACAGGAGAAAGAUGUCCCAAAUUUGUUUCUUUUACUUCCUUUGACUGCUAUUUAUCACACAAAAAUUAUUUUACAUCUGCUUUUAUUUUUUUUAUUCACAAAUCUGCACUGAAACUUUGACGCUUCUUAUAAGACUAGCAUAUUUAACCCUCUGUAAUUUAGUGUUGGGUCGUUCACGAACGAUUCGUUCAAAAGAACCAAAUCUUUUAGGCGAAAGUACUGAACCUAAUCACUUCCUCAAGUGAUUCGUUCGUUUCUCACUUCAGUUGAGCUGUUGGGAGGGCGGAUGCUAUCGCACGCAGCAUUGCCAGGCGAGCAGCCGGCGAACGAGGGACCGCAUGGACCGACGCCUGGUAAACGAAUCAUGCACUGAACUACACUGUCUGGAAUCAUUUUUUGUCAGACAAAACUAACUUUUUAUAUUUUUUACUGCUAAAUUGCUAUCACAACAACCACAACUAUCAUUGCAGCGGUUUGCGAGGGAACGGUGCAUGUUCAGUUUGAAUUCUUCUAAACGUUCAGUAAACGAAUCACUCACUGAACCCAAAGCAACACAGACAAACACUCUUGUCUCCUGGUACUAGAAGUUAUGAAUUGAACUGAAUCCUGAACCGUUCAGCUGUGAAUCAGUUCAGGAGGCUGGAGUCGCAGGCUUCUCCCGCCAAGCACUGAAUGAUUCAGUGAUUCGAUCUUUUGAACGAAUCUUUUCAGUGAACCGAUUCUAGUGAUUCAGUACAUCUGAAAGAACUGCUGUGCUCAUCACUACUGUUAUUGCUGUUCUUUUCGUUUUAUUUUUCUUGUUUUGUCUGAUUUUAUUGUUCAGUAUUUUAGUCAUAACUGUUAGUUGUUUGUUUAUUUGAUUUUAAUCUGGACAGACAGCCUGUCUCCAGGGUAGAGGGUGCAGAUUUUUAGUCCUGCUGUUUUGACCAGAUACAGAAGAAAUCAAGUAACUGAUGUGAGUUUAAAAACAGAGAUUUGGAGCUCAGACGUUUGUUCAUGGAACAGCUGAGCCUCGCUGCACUUCCUCCAUCUUUGAGAGGUAUUUUAGUAAAUGUUAUCGAUGCAAAUACAAGCAUCAGAUCAAGAAAAUACAGCUGGAGAUACCCCGUGUUCUAAUCGAAUCUAAACGAAUCUAAUCGUGGUCAUUGGUUGGUGUCGUUUUCAGAGUUUAGGAGACACCAGCCUUGUCAGCGCUGAAGAGCAGUGGCUGCACCUUGACGGCCUCGCUGACGGCGGACACUCCAUUCCCGGUGGCGGGUGAGGCGGCGAUGAUGGCGUACGCCACUCCAGGGCCCGCUGUGGCGUGCUGAGCGGGUCCCGCAGAGUCUUGGCCUCCUGACACACCGUGCGGUGGGGCGGAGGGCGGCGAAGCGUCGCUCUGGCCGUUGGGCUGGUGGUCGGGGCUGAGGGUGCUGUUGGCGGUGGGCAGGGUGGGGCCCCCGCUCUUGGGGCUGACCACGGCGGUGGCUCUCUGCAGGCUGAGGGGCUGCAGCUCCUGACAGGGAACGUGGGGGAGGCUAUCGGGGAUCUGGGUCUUUGGCCUGACCUGAAGAGAGACCAGAACCAGGAGGACAAAACCUGUUAGAGACGUUUCAAGUCUGACACAGUUUCCUUUCCCUGCUGUAAACAAUCGAGUACAGAGACGAGGGAAGAUCUGACUCAUGAAGCUUUAUCUCUUUGACCUCCCCCAUCAGUUUCAACCCCGUCCUCAACUAUCAAUAAAGCUAAAUAAAAACUAAAAUAUCGUCUUAAUCAUGAAAACAUUCAGACUCCUCUUACUGUAAAUCCAGAAAGACUUUGACUAGUGAAUUAAAUUGUUCUUUUUCCAAAGUAAAGAAAUCAAAUGAAGAAACAAAAAUCAACAUUUAUAUCAGACCCUGAGCCUCACAGAUGCUGAUGUAAGACCUGUUUUGAGGAGGGUAAAACAGUUUGAUUCAGGACUAAAUAUCCACUGAAAUCCUCUUUUUUUACACUCUUAACAUCAUUGACUCUAAAUUAAUCAAAUCUGCCUUUAACUCACUGACGGUCUCAGUGGUUUGUGCUGCCCCCUGCUGGACGUUUCCAGACACGUCACCCAAGAAUCAUCAACAUGUUUGAGUUUUUCCAGUUUUCUCUUAAUUUUAACUUCAAUUCUCACUUUUGUUGUAUUCAUUUGUUAUAUUAAACUCUUAAUUAAUAUGUGCAGGUUUCCUCUGUGAUGUUUGUAGCAUCACUGUAAGGACAAAAACUGAUCUCUACAACCUCUGAGCUAAAACAUAUAAACAAAAACUCCACAGUAAUACAAAUCUACAUUCUAAUCCUAAUGCAAAUUCACACUCUAUGCAGAUGAUUCUGUUAUUAACAGAUUUGCUCUGAAGCAGUAUCAGACUCUCAGUUACUUGCGAGAUGAUUUCGAUGCUGCUCAGAACCUUUUAUGAGUCACAAUUGGUCUAAAAUCCUCAUAAAACUUAAAGACAACCCUGCAGAACCUGCUGAUUAUCUCUACACCUCAAGAUGAUGAGGUUGAGUCUGUAUCGUCUUAUAAUUUCCUCAGAUUCUCUGUCAACUUGUUCAGAAGUCGAGGCUGCAGCCAGGCUUCUAUUUCAGAAAGACCGGGCACGAAGAGAAAAAGACUUUUGGGUCUUCUGCUCUUACCAGAGGGUUUAGAUCUGGGAGAGCUGGUCUCUUAUCUGUAAUCAGGUGGGAUCAGGCGUCCUUACCUGAGGUAGCAGAGUGGCUGCUUGUCCUGCCAGCCGGUGCAGGGAGCUGACUUGAGGCACCUUGAUGGGCACAGCAGUGAGAGUUCCCAGCAUCUGAAAGACACAUGAACGCAACACUUAAGAUCAGAGAACGCAGAUUUACUACAGUGUUUGAAAGGCGUCGGGACACAAUGUGGAAAACACUCUAAAGCAGCGGAUUCUGUCUGAGACAUGUUGAUAACUACAACCUGCAGAAAAGGUGAAAAACAUUAAGAUUAAUGAUAUUAGAUCACUAAAAAUCAGGAACCAGUCAGCACAUUUACAGAAUGAAUCAGCUCCUUCUUUGUAUAUUUAAAGUGUUCAGUUUCAGUUGUUGUAGUAGCUGCUUCUGGCCACAAGGGGCGCUCCCACUACACCCCACAAUGCACCUCUCACCAACUUGCCUUUUUAGUUUUUAAAAUAGAAUGAUUUUUUUUCAGUGUAGAUGGUUAAAUUCCUACAGUCUGUGAAUUUACUGUGUCAUCAGCUGAUUCACACAUAUAAACCUUUAAUCCUCAGACUACUCCCUUUACUACUCAUCCUAAUCAAACACAGAGUUUCAUGAUCACAGUGUUGUUGUUUUUUUUGCUCUCAGAUGUUUUUUCUCUGCAUAAAAAAUUAAGAAAAACAGCAACAGCCUUGGAGUCCUUGUGGAGAUCGGGAACAAACAGCUCCAGUUUUAGGACAAACCUCACCCUCUAACCCUUCUCAUGUAGUGACUCUACAUUUCACUGGUUAAAAUGGUCUUCAUGGUUUUAAUGAGAGUACAGCGACAAAUACUCACUAAAUACAAAAACACAAGUUAUGGUUUAAGUCUCAUUUUAAGUAAAAAACAAAAAUAUGUUUUUCUUGUCGGCGGUUUUUACUCUAAGUCAAACAUUUGUUGAUAUUAGACAGACAAAAAUAACAAUAAUAGAGAAAGUUCAUUUACUAUUUAGAGGACAAAGCUAAAAGUUUGAGGCUAAACCUGCAUUUAAAAUCACAUUUUUAGCUUUUAAUCUUCAAUCUCAUAGUUAAACUUUCUGACUUUAUUUCUCAGACGCAGUAAUAAUGAAUGUUUUCCUGCUCUAAACUCUCUCCUGUGUCGUUUCUGGACCUGAUUUUCAAACUACAGGUUUAGAUGAAGUCCCUCAGAAGUGAAUCAAAGCCCUGUGUGUUUUUACUCCCCUCAAACUGUGGAUUUUAUUUCCUCCUCCUUCAUAUUUUCGCAGGCUGCAGCUGUCAGAAAUGAAGAAGUGUUUCCUCUGACGCCUGCAGUUGUUUGCUUUCUCUAAGAGUUAACCGUCUGUUUCGGUUCGAUUCUGCUUUAUUUUUGUCGAGAUGUUUGAGCAAAGCUGAGCUCUUCAGUUUAACCUGCUCUGAUUUAGUCUGAAAAUUCAGAAAAAAAUCCACCUCAAAGAUCUGAAAAUCCAGACCUGCACAGUUUAAAUGACCUCGUUUUUUUAUCUCCUCUG